AUGCCUGGAGGAUAUCACAUUCGCACGUUCAUUGCCUGGUUGAGACUCUCUGUCAGGACGACCGUAUUUCGCUCAUAUACAAGUCUCCUUGCUUUCCUUCUGCGGCUAAUCCGAAGCUAUCAGGUCUUUGUUGGUGGAAAAGAGAGAACUUUUCGAGAACCGGGUUUAGCGUUCAGCUCUCAUCCGGCCGAUCAAGAGAAGAAGACCCAUGGGACCCUCGCAGUGCCGUUGCUCAAAGCACCUCCGCAAAGUGAAUGGCCGAAUCCCUUAGCUUCCAAUAACCUGUCUCUGCCGACCAAGCCGAUCCCUUCUGUGCCAUCAACACCAAGCUCGUCCUAUCCUGCGACGCCAGGGCAAUUCUUUGAUAUCACUUUAACUCCCAUCAUGCCCGGACAGAUAAAGAGAUACGAGAGAAAUCAAUUUCAAGAUCACAACAGUGAAGAUUUCGAGAUUCAGAAAGGUCCUUUGGACUGUUCAGAGGAGCUCGCUCCAGUGUCAGGAUGGGAGCCGCUCACGCACCCAGAAGGCGCUUUGUUUUUCUAUCACUCCAGUGAUCGAGUUUUCACUGAUGUCGAUGUCCGAGACCCUGGAACUGCGGUCACAAUGGGUACAAUGGGUGAAGUUGUUAAGCAGGCGUACAAAGAAGCCCGCAAGGCAGACACCUUUCAUGCGUCCAUUGAACUCACUUUGGAGCGCAUGGAGGUGGAUGGGCAAGAGAAAUGGGGCUACUACUUUGCCGAUCACGACAGACGUGUCAUUUUCUGGCUGGAACCCCACAAUCCUAGAGAUCUUCUGAAUAAUGUUCGAGGAGUAAAACGCAAAAGCCAUGUCAGUGAGUUUAUUCCGUCCGAUAUUCAUCCGAGCUUCUCCCAUUGUGUUACUCCCAGGGUAUGCACUAGAAUCACAGUACUGGUCCGUACGGCCUCAGAAUCCUUACCUCCCAUUGUUACACAUUAUCAUUAUCUCGACAGGAUGCACAUUGAAUUGUUUCCAAACAAACGCUUCCUUCCGGAAGAUGUCCUCGUGGGCCUUAAGGAAAUUGUUAUGUUUACUCAGGCAGACAGUAUCACUUCUGAAAAAUGCCUAGCACCUUAUGCUUCGGACGAGGUUUCAAGUAUGCUCGAUCUUAUGGAUCCUCUCACGAGCAGUGUUGACAAGGAGCAUGAGCAUUCUGUGUGGAUCGUUGCUCGGUUUAUGGGAGAUUUCUGUGGCGACAAGUUUGCAAACUUCUGUGGACAGCCGGGCGCCCGACUUGACGCAGACCAGUCGUUAUACAACGAUACCAUUCCCCGCCCGAAAAGCAUCCUUUUUCGCGUCAUGAAUGUCAUUCUGUUUGGAUCCCCUGAUGCUCAAAGCAAGGCCCUUCACAAGAUAUGGGUCGAUUACACCAUCGUUCACCGGCGUUGGAAAUUUUUUAUCAACAGGCUCAAUAAUGAAUGGAACGGAUACACGAUAUUCUCUACCGUGAUGCUUGCUGUUGAUAUCAGUUUUCUGGCCGUUCCACCUGCCCAGAAUCAAGCGCCUGCAAUCAUUGUAUUGUAUAUCUCUAUCCUCUGUGCCUUGGGCUCGUUAGUGGUCUCACUAGUCCUGGCUGGACAAGUCAAUGACAGCCGGCGGGACUCCGCUAAAGGCGUGGCCUCGUUCAUGGAAGAAAUGUCGCGUUCUACACUCGGCCUCGAGAGCCUUGCCCUCAUGCUCAGUCUGCCGUAUGCUCUUCUGAUUUGGGGAAUGGCAUUCUUUGCUGCAGCGUUGUCCAUCGUGAUUUACCGCACUUCCGACGUUGUCACCAUCUCGAUCAUCUCUCCAAUUUGGACCGCCAUCUUUAUCCUGUCGACGUGGCCGGUACUAGCUGCUAAUAAUAUUCAUGUAUCCCACCUGAGUUCCUGGAUCGCAGAACAAGUGUUGUAUUCCAGAUCAUGGUGGGUCGCCACCAGGUCUCAUUCCUAA